GUAUGACCAUGCACCCUUUCAUGAGCGAAUUCAAAUUUGAGAUUAAGUGACCUUUUUUCUGUAACAAUCGAGCUAUUCUACUCUUUUUGGAAAUAUAGACAAUGUGACGGAAAAGGGAAAAGGGGAAUUCAACUAACUCGCACCAGUUUCCCUCGUCCCAUAGCUGUCAACACUUCCAUUGAAACCGAAGAGAGAUUUGCGUGUUUCCGUGAGGUCUUUCAUCGGAAUUUCUUCCGUUCUCACUCCCUGUUAUUCCCAUCUCAUCACGAGAACAUGAACAACUCAGUACAGCUUUGGGACGGUCAGCUAUCUGUGAUCACACGGCCAGUGCCGCAUGUUUCCAACCCGAGCGAAGUGAUCGUGAAGGUCGCAUACUCGGGCAUCUGCGAUCGAGACCUCCAGAUCUUAGAGGGAGAAUUACCAGCUGCGAAGUGUGUCGUUCUCGGUCAUGAGUUUUCUGGUGUCGUGAGUGACGUUGGAAGCGACGUGAAGAAUGUGUCCAUAGGUGAUCGUGUUGUUGUUAACCCUAAUAGCAGCUGUAACACAUGUAAGGCUUGUCGAAGAGGGCAGCCCCACUUCUGCGAAAAAGGAGGUACCGGCUCUGCAAUAGGAGUCUGGAAAAAUGGUGGAUGGACACAGUACGCUCGUGUACAUGCACCAAAUAUACACAUCGUCCCUCCACAAGUGAGCCUCAAACAAGCAGCACUUUGUGAGCCAAUAUCCUGUGUACUGCAUGGGCUCGACAAGUUACACCCGGCUGCCAGGGAUUCCAAGAUACUUGUUUCAGGAACAGGAGUGACAGGCUUACUCUGGAUGUGCAUCUUACACUUUCAUGGAUACAGAAGGGUGACAGUUAUUGAGUUCUCAGAGCAGUGGAGAAUGUUAGCGAUGGGGCUUAAUUUAGGCUUCAAAAUCUUGCACCCAGACACUGUGCACACGGAUUUAGUAGAAGCAACACAAUCCCAAAAUAAUACCUGGGGAUUUGACGUCAUUAUCGAGUGUACUGGCUUGUCAGUGUUGGUGCAAAGUGCCAUAAAGUGGUUGGGGUAUGGCGGCAAACUCCUUAUAUUCGGGAGUAGUGCAAAAGACUCUGAGGUAAAAAUAAGCCCAUACGAGAUCCACCACAAGGAAAUCCAGAUUUUGGGGUCUUCUAUGAAUCCAUUUUCUUUUUUACAUUCGGUUGAGUUAGUGAGAGACAUGUCAGAGUAUUUGGAUUAUGAAAAACUUGGGAUAUCUGUUUUUAAGCUAACUGACUACCAAGCUGCCUUGACAAAGCUGAAACAAGGUUCUGUUCUAAAAGCAGUUUUUGCUACCUAGUAAUUAGUCUUAUUUUAAGUUGUAUAAAAUAUUUUUCAGCAUUAGCAAGUGAAGCUUUGUUUAUGUACAUCAGGGUUGCCUAAUCACAGAUUAGAUUAUCAUAUUACUUUUAUAAAUACCUAAUUCCUUUAUAACUUCACAUAUUAAUGGAGUAAUUUUCCAAACUUCUUUUCAAAUUUAUUGUUUGUAGCCUCAUCGAUGAUCACUGUUGCAGUAAUAAAACCAUCUUCAUCAGC